GCCGGCCACCGUCCCGGGAGGCUCCGCGGCGGAUGCUCCGCGUUGUCCCGCCGCCCCCCGCCCGCCCCUUCCCGAGCCGGCGGCGGGGGCAGCAGAUGGCGCGGCGGGGCCCGGGCUGGCGGCGCGGGAGGCGGCCGCCGCCGCGGCUGCUGGCGCUGCUGCUGUUGGUGGUGAUGCCGGCGCUGCCGGGCUUGGGGCCCGCUGCUGCCGCCGCCGCUGCCGUCGCUGAGGAGGUGGCGGCGGCGGCGAAGGAAUGCGACAAGCCGUGCGCCAACGGCGGGCGGUGCCAGCCGGCCAGCGGGCAGUGCGAGUGCCAGCCCGGCUGGGUGGGCGACCAGUGCCAGCACUGCGGGGGACGCUUCAGACUCACUGGACCUUCAGGGUAUGUCACGGAUGGGCCUGGGAAUUACAAAUACAAAACAAAAUGCACGUGGCUCAUUGAAGGAAGGCCAAACACAAUCCUCAGGCUUCGAUUCAAUCACUUUGCCACAGAGUGCAGUUGGGACCACUUGUAUGUGUAUGAUGGAGAUUCAAUCUAUGCUCCCUUACUGGCAGCUUUUAGUGGUCUUAUUGUUCCUGAGAAAGAGAGCAAUGAAACGGUACCAGAAGUUGUAGCUACUUCUGGAUAUGCUCUUCUGCACUUCUUCAGUGAUGCUGCUUAUAAUUUAACAGGGUUUAACAUCACAUAUAAUUUCAAUAUGUGUCCCAAUAAUUGCUCGGGCCGAGGGGAGUGCAAGCUCAAUACCAGCAGCAAUGCUCUGGAAUGUGAAUGUGCCAAAUACUGGAAGGGAGAAGCCUGUGAUAUUCCCUACUGCACAGAUGACUGUGGGGCACCCGAGAGAGGACACUGCAACUUCAAUGAUACCAAGGCAUGUCUGUGCUCUGCAGGCUGGCAAGGUCCUGGCUGUUCAGUCCCUGUUCCUGCAAACCAGUCCUUUUGGACCCGGGAGGAAUAUUCUCUUCCCAAACUUCCUAGAGCAUCCCACAAAACAGUCAUCCACGACAAUAAAAUGUGGAUUGUUGGAGGCUAUGUCUUCAAUCAUUCUGACUCUCAGAAGGUUUUAGCGUAUGAUCUGAUUUCUGAAGAGUGGCUCCCACUGGCCAACACUGUGAACUCAGUAGAGAUGAGAUACGGUCAUUCCCUGGCAUUACAUGAGGAUGAUAUCUACAUGUAUGGUGGAAAAAUAGAUGCGACGGGGAACGUGACCAGCCAGCUGUGGGUGUUCCACAUUCCCACCCAGACCUGGGCUCAAGUGACACCGCAAGCCAAGGAGCAGUACGCGGUGGUUGGCCACUCAGCUCACAUCAUCACUGGGCCAGGCGACAGCGCGGUCAUGCUCGUCAUCUUUGGGCACUGCCCUCUUUAUGGGUAUAUCAGCAACGUCCAGGAGUACAACCUGACCACAAAUACAUGGAGCAUUUUACAGACGAGUGGAGCUUUGGUGCAAGGAGGGUAUGGUCACAGUAGUGUUUAUGACACACAUACGAGAUCCAUUUAUAUCCAUGGAGGUUACAAAGCAUUCAGUGCCAACAAAUACAGGCUAGCAGAUGACUUGUACAAAUAUGAAGUUGAUACCCGUAUGUGGACUAUUCUUAAGGACAGCAGAUUUUUCCGCUACUUGCACACGGCUGUGAUAGUGAGUGGAACCAUGCUGGUGUUUGGAGGAAACACGCACAACGACACCUCCAUGAGCCACGGUGCAAAGUGCUUCUCUUCAGAUUUUAUGGCGUAUGAUAUUGCAUGUGACCGGUGGCAUGUCCUUCCUCGCCCAGGUCUCCAUCACGACGUGAACAGGUUUGGACACUCUGCUGUGCUGUACAACAGCACCAUGUAUGUGUUUGGAGGCUUCAACAGCCUCCUCCUGAGUGACAUCCUGAAGUACACACCUGAGAAAUGUGAAGCUUUUGACAACGAAACAGCCUGUGUGAGAACAGGCCGUGGUGUCAGAUGUGUGUGGGUCAGAGUCCCCCCUCACUGCAUCCCCUGGGAAAUGGCAUCCAUAAAGCAGCAGCAAAAAGUCUUUGAAGACUGUCCUCCCAAGCCAGCUGUAGACAGUGAAAAAUGUGAUCAGAUUACAGACUGCUAUAGCUGUACAGCCAAUACAAACAACUGCCAAUGGUGCACUGACCAGUGCGUCUCAAUACAGAACAACUGCACAGAGGAACAGGUUCCUAUUACUGUCUAUGACAGUUGUCCAAAGGAUAACCCUGCCUAUUACUGUAACAAAAAGACAAGUUGCAAAAGCUGUGCCAUGGAUCAAAACUGCCAGUGGGAACCUAGGAAUCAGGAGUGCAUCGCUUUACCAGAAAACAUCUGUGGAACAAACUGGCAUUUGGUUGGCAACUCCUGCUUGAAAAUCACAAACGCAAAGGAGACCUAUGAUCACGCCAAACUGUCCUGCAGAUCCAACGGUGCUUUGCUGGCUUCACUCACGACGCAGAAAAAGGUGGAGUUUGUUCUCAAGGAGCUGCAGAAGAUGCAGUCUUCGCCCAAAACUUUGACUCCAUGGGUUGGCCUGAGGAAGAUCAACGUGUCUUAUUGGUGCUGGGAAGACAUGUCCCCCUUCACCAACAGCCUCCUCAAGUGGCUCCCCAGUGAACCAAGCGAUGCUGGAUUUUGUGGUUAUUUAGCUGAGCUUUCCAAUGAGGGCCUGAAGGCUGCAACGUGCAUCAAUGAGGUCAACGGCAGUGUCUGUGAGAGGCCAGCUAACCACAGCGCCAAGCAGUGCCGCACGCCCUGCGCCCUGCGGACCAUGUGCGGGGAGUGCACGAGCGGCAGCUCCGAAUGCAUGUGGUGCAGCAACAUGAAACAGUGCGUGGACUCCAACGCUUACGUGGCCUCCUUCCCCUACGGGCAGUGCAUGGAGUGGUACACCAUGAGCAGUUGUCCACCUGAAAACUGUUCCGGUUACUGCACGUGUGCUCACUGUCUGGAGCAGCCUGGCUGCGGUUGGUGCACGGAUCCAAGCAACACAGGCAAAGGGAAGUGCAUCGAAGGCUCCUAUAGAGGUCCGGUGAAGAUGCCAACCCCAUCCUCAACAGGGAAACAUAGUUUGGAGCCCGUCCUCAAUGUCAGCAUGUGUCCUGUGGAGAACAGCUAUAAUUGGUCUUUUAUUCAGUGUCCAGCCUGCCAGUGUAACGGGCACAGUAAGUGUGUCAAUGAAAGCAUCUGUGAGAAGUGUGAAAAUCUGACGACUGGCAAACACUGUGAAACUUGUAUCUCAGGCUACUAUGGUGAUCCUACUAAUGGAGGAACAUGUCAGCCUUGCAAGUGCAAUGGCCACGCGUCCGUCUGCAACACAAAUACAGGGAAAUGUUUCUGCACCACAAAGGGAAUAAAAGGAGAUGAGUGUCAACUGUGUGAAGUUGAAAACAGAUAUCAGGGAAAUCCACUUAAAGGAACGUGUUACUAUACUCUCCUCAUUGACUAUCAGUUCACCUUCAGCCUUUCUCAAGAGGACGAUCGCUAUUACACAGCAAUCAACUUUGUAGCAACACCUGAAGAGCAAAACAGAGACCUAGACAUGUUUAUCAAUGCAUCGAAAAACUUCAACCUCAACAUCACUUGGUCCACGAGUUUUGCAGCUGGCACGCAGGCUGGGGAGGAGAUGCCAGUUGUGUCAAGAACCAAUAUAAAGGAAUACAAGGACAGCUUCUCCAAUGAGAAGUUUGAUUUCCGCAACAAUCCGAACAUCACUUUCUUCGUCUACGUCAGCAAUUUCACCUGGCCAAUAAAAAUCCAGAUUGCAUUCUCGCAGCACAGCAACUUUAUGGACCUGGUACAGUUCUUUGUGACAUUCUUCAGUUGUUUCCUGUCUUUGCUCCUGGUGGCAGCUGUGGUUUGGAAGAUCAAGCAGAGUUGCUGGGCGUCGCGGCGAAGAGAGCAACUACUCCGGGAGAUGCAACAGAUGGCAAGUCGCCCCUUCGCCUCCAUCAACGUUGCCUUAGAAACAGAUGAAGAGCCGCCAGAUCUCAUUGGGGGAAGCAUAAAGACUGUACCAAAGCCAAUCGCGCUGGAGCCCUGCUUCGGGAACAAAGCAGCCGUGCUCUCUGUGUUCGUGAGGUUGCCUCGAGGACUUGGGGGUAUCCCACCACCAGGACAGUCAGGUCUUGCAGUGGCCAGUGCACUGGUGGACAUUUCACAACAGAUGCCAAUUGCCUACAAAGAGAAAUCGGGUGCAAUACGAAAUCGGAAACAGCAGCCCCCUGCACAGCCAGGAACCUGUAUUUGAUGCAUGGACAUCAGAAACUGCAUAGGGUUUUAAACAAAACGGAGAAGUAAUACCUAGGAGGAGGAAGAUUUCCAAGUUGUGUCCCAAGAGACUAGAAGACGAAACACAACUUCCUUGAACCCAACUUUUUCUCUCAUCUACGUGAUAGUUGGCUUUAUUUGACAACUGCUCCACUUAAGUUUUACUGACACGUGGCUUCAGAUUGCUCCUUUGUUUUCUUCCAGUUUAAAGUAAAAUGAUUUUAUUGCAGGUCCAGUAACAUCCAGUCGCCACCAUUCAUGGUCAGUGUAAAUAGAACAGUAGUCCAAUCUGAAUGACACUCAGGUUUAUACAUGGAAAGUGCUUUGUAGUUCCUGUAUUUAUCAAACUGUACAACAAGAAAAAGAUGCAGUGUUUACAGGUGUCAGCUCUCAACACAUAAACACUACUAUUAAUCUUCAAAGCAUCUUCAUCCUUUGUUUUCAUUUCCUAUUACAUGUCUGUUCCCUCAUUAUUUAAGUGGAACUCUCUUCCAGAUGCAGCGGUUUUGUAGUCAUCAUGGUCCAGAACAUGAGGAAUGCAGAAGCUGGGAUGGUUUAAAGGUUGAUGUCACGUGUUGCUCAGACCACGUGCAAUACCUGGAGAAGCUGAAUGUCACUUUGGAAGGACUCAGUGUUUACAUAGUCUUAACCUGCUUGGAGUACACCACACACAAGUGCCUAGACUUGAACAGAUCUAGGGAGUGAGGAGACUGCUACACAACUUUCUUUUUGCCAUCAUUAUAUUCCUUUUAAAUGUAUGUGUACACACAUAGAUACAGUCACCCAAGGCAAUCUGUAUUCUCUGUAAUACAUCACGUGCAGUCAGGGGAAAAUGGCAUUUUCCUGACCAACAAACUAGUCAACCAGAUGGAAAUAUCUGGAGGGAAAGGAGAGUUUCUGUAUCUCAUAAGAAAACUGGUUUCAUCAGUGCUUUUAAUAGAAGCAGUUUGUGUUCCAGGCCAGAUACAUUAUAGUUCCUCUCAUUUUCUCUGCCCAUUUCCUUUCUUUCCCUCCCUCUGCCCUCCUGCCAUUCUUCUGAAUGAGAGCUGAGCUGUGCCAGGGCUCAGGCAUCGCUCCUCAACAGUAAGAUUUGCUCUGUCUCCUUAUAGGGUGUAAAAAGCAAGUCUCUGGGUGCCAGAUCAUUUGAGGAUGAAGUUCAAAAGCACUUUAAGUAUAAAGUAAGCAGAGCAGCUUCGUUUGGCCACGGGUGUGAGUUCUACAAGGUCAGUUGCUGAUAUGGGCAGUUACUGAUACUCCCCAUCGGGGUUGAGCGCUAGGAUGCUGAAGGAGGCGGCUUGUUGGUGAAAGGAAGGCACUUACAAACAGCAAAGAGAAGGCUUAGCUUUGAGGGGAUGUAUCAAACCAUCUGAAGUAGUCUGAUGGGUUGGGUUUCGUGUUUUGAGGCUCAGGGUUGGACUUAACACCUCAGUCUGUGCCUGCUGCUGUCCGACGUCUCCCUUGACUCGGGAAUGUAGCGCAGUGCUGGAGCCAGCUUACACAAGGUUGUGAUGCUGAAGCCGGUAGGAAGAUGUUAAGCGAAGAUGCCAAAUGAGGGGUUGUAAUUAUUGCUUACUCGCAGUAAAUGUGGUUUCAUUCAGGUCAUGGUAUCCAAUGAGGUAUUUAUGAAAUGAAGAGAGAACACAUGGAGAGGAGCGAAGGAAAGUGCUCUCGAAUCUGGCCAGGUAGCAUCCUUUCCCAAAAUGAAACCCAAGGAACUGCAUCUUUUUUUGUGUGCAUGUUUUGGUGAUCAAUCACAUAUCAGCCACUCAUUUUUGCUUUGUUUGGGGGUUAUUUAACCAUGUAUUUUGAAGAAGCUCUUUGGAGCGCGGCGGCAUCGCAAUAAAGAUGUGAAUGGUUGUGCGUGUCCAGGCGGCAGUGAUGGGGGUCAAAGGCUGCUGGUUUAAAGACUGUGGUGGGUUAUAAUUCUGAUUUAAUGUGUCAUUUAACAAAUACAAGAGGACUGCAGAAAAACAAGAUAUUGUGGAAAAAAUGCAUUUUUAUAUAUAUAUAUGUGUGUGUGUAUAGAUAUAUAUAUAUAAAUAAAAUGCAUCCUUUUCUAAA